GAAUUAAAAAUUGACGCUAUUGCGACUGGUGAUUCAUUGUCCCAAGUAGCCUCGCAGACCUUAGAAAGUCUGGCGGUCAUCCACCAAGUUAGUUCGUUAAUUGUCCUUUGCCCUUUAAUUAGUUGGGACAAAAAAGAAAUAAUUGCUGCUGCCGAAAGUAUUGAGACUUAUGGUAAUGAUAUGAGCGAGGAACUACUACAAAGGAAUUUGAGGGAAAAAAUAGGAACUUGGGAUUUCUAUAAUAUCGGCUCAACAACAAUUAAUCAAUUAAAAAAAUGGGGUAUUAUAAGAAGUGUUGAUUAUGAGGAUAUUGAGAGAAAAAAAGUUGAUGCUAUUAUAAUGGAAAACAAAAAGGUCAUUGCGAUUAUUGAAUACAAGUCCCCCAGAAACUUUAACACUCAAAACAAGAAAAAUCAGGCUAUUCAGCAGGAAUUUGAAUAUGGAAAUGGUGAAGAACUAAAACGACCUUUUGACGAAAAAGACCCCAAUUUACAGAAAUUUAUAAAUGAGAUUUUGGCAUCUAUCAACAAAAAAAAUGAUAGAAUUCUACCUAAAAAAAUAAUAGACCCAACUGGUUUAGCCAAGCAGUAUCUUAGCGAUUUAGAAAUUUUAACAGGAGAUUAUAGUUUUGAGACAUUGCUUAACAAGGAUAAAGAUAAUGAUAAGGAUUACAUAUUGACCCACUACGCAAAAAUUAUAAGACCAGAAAUUAAAGAAUUAUUUCCCGAAGGUCCAGAUGGAACAACUAUCAUAAAUGGAACAAUUUUUGUUAAUAAAAAACAGAAAGCGGUAGUCGGUUAUGGCUCUGUAUUUAAAAAAGUUUUAGAAAGAUUCGAGAAUUAUGGAAGGUUAGAAAACAUUGACUACGAUUUUAAGAUUGUAAGAGCUGUAAAUAAAAUGGCUGGUGAACCAAAAGAAGGAAUGAAAAUUUGCGACCCGGCUUGCGGAGUAGGAAAAUUUCCUCUGGAAUUUAUAAAAGACAAACUUGAAGAGUUAUUUGAAAUCAAGAAUGAUAAGAUAAUACAAAAAAUAGAGAUAGUUGGUUUUGAUAAAGGAUUUGACGAGGAGGAACAAAAAACUAUAAUUUUAGCCAAGGCUAAUAUGCUUAUCUACUUUUGUGAAUUAAUCAAAAACCACGCCAAAUUAACCAAAGAGUUUGCUGAACUUUUCAACAACAGUUUUACUUUGAAAAUUAAUUCAAUACUUGGCACCUUGUCUGACCUUAAACAAGAUGAAUACGAUUUAAUCCUUACCAAUCCCCCUUAUGUAAUGAGCGGAAGCAGCAACUUAAAAAAGGAGAUAGCCGAAAAUCCCAAAUUGAAAAAUUAUUACAAAACCAAUGCCAUGGGCCUUGAAGGCUUAUUUAUGGAAUGGAUUAUCAAGGCUCUAAAACCUGGCACCGGAAAAGCAUUUAUAGUUGUUCCGGAUGGAAUUUUUAAUCGCCAAAAUGAUAAAAAAUUAAGACAAUUUAUUUUGGAUAAUUGUUAUAUUGAUGCCAUAAUUUCACUUCCGAUAAAUACAUUUUUUCGAAACUCCAAAAAAACUUACAUUCUAGCCAUAACUAAAAAGAAAAAAAAAAAAGAUGAUAUUUUGGAAGCACAAACUGACCCAGUAUUUACUUAUUUAGUUAGUGAAAUUGGAGAAAACAGGGAUAUUAAUAGAUUUAGUAUUCCUCAGGACGAUUUAAGCGAAGCGGUAGAAUUAUUUAAUUUUUUUAAAGGAAAUAAGAAAAAUUUUCACAAAUUUCAAGAAACGAAGCCUGAUAAAAGAU